CCCUGAGAGCACAGCCCUAUGCGCCGCCCCGGAGCCUCGCGCCCUCCUGCGCCACCCACCGUGGUCCCCACUGCCACCCCAUGUUCCGCUCACGCCGCGCGGGGCUCAUGCGGCGGCUGUGGCGGCAGCGCUGUGCAACAGCGGGCCCCGAGGACGGCCCCAGCACCCUCAAACCAGCAGCUCAUGCCCUCUUCAAGAAGCUGAAGGAUGAGGAUCUGGAGCUGCUGGUGCUGGCAGUGGAGAGCCGGGGCGCUUGGGAGUCCAGCUGUGUUUGGGCACCACGGGGGGAUGUGCGAGGGGCCAAGCAGGGGCUCCCCCCUCAAGUCCUGCUCUGCCGCCUCUUCCGCUGGCCCGACGUUCACCAGCCCCAUGAGCUCAAGCACCUCUGCUACUGUGCUGGGCACCGGGGGGUCUGCGGGGACUUGGCUGCACUCUGCUGCAACCCCCACCACUUCAGCCGCCUGGCUGUACCUGAGAGCCCACCACCCUCCUACUCGAAGGCAUCCUGUGGUCCCUCCUGGCCAGACGAGCCCCAGCACCCUGGCACUCAGCUCCUAGAGUUCAGCUGCAAAGGUGGGGACUGGCACGACACCAGCCUCUCACAGAGCACCAUCAAGGAUGGCUGCUGGUGCAAACUGGCUUACUGGGAGCACCGGACACGUGUGGGCCGCCUCUACGCUGUGCACGAAGCAUCAGUGAAUGUCUUCUGUGAGCUGCCAUGGGGCAGCGGGUUCUGCCUGGCCCAGCUGCCAGCUGCCCACCGCAGCCGUGCUGUCCGGCGGGCACGUGGCAAGAUCGGCCGGGGGCUGCUGCUGAGCCGGGAGGCAGGCGGCAUCUGGGCCUACAAUCGCAGCAAGCACCCCAUCUUCGUCAGCUCGCCCACCUUGAGCCCCCCCGGGGCCCGCAGGCUCACUGUCCUCAAGGUGCUGCCUGGCUACUCGGCAAAGGUGUUUGACUAUGAGCAGGUGGGGGGCAAAGGGGGCUGGCGGCUCCCCGGGGAGGGGCCCUCCGACCCCCACAGCAUCCGCAUCAGCUUUGCCAAGGGCUGGGGACCCUGCUACUCCCGGCAGUUCAUCACCUCGUGCCCGUGCUGGCUCGAGGUCCUGCUGAACCAGCUGCGCUGAGGGGCUGGGGCCUGUGGGGGGAUGUCAGGGAGCUCGCCCAGAGCCAGGUGCACCAGCCAGGGGGCCCCUCCACCACUCUCCAGCCUUUGUCUUCCAGGGCUGUGCUGUAGCAGGACUGUCCUGACUCUGGGGACCCUCUGCCCUAGCCCUGAGGGGCAGUGCCCCCUGUGCCUGGCUCACCACCCUGCCAGCACCUGCUGCCCCCAACCAUGGGGCUCUCAGUGACACGACGCGCUAUUUAACGUACUCUUUUAAUUUUAUUACUUUAAUAGUUAAAUAUAUAUUAAUUUAUCUAUUUUUGCAAAACAAACCAAGGUGUGAGGCAGGAGUCCCCGCUGGCCAGGCCAGGCCUCGGGAGGUGGCAGCCAGGGCAGAAUGGGCUGGGGGGAGCAGGAGAGAAGGGAGGUGGGACAGAGUGGGGGAGCAGGAGGUGGGCUGUGGGCCUGCCUGGAUGUCACAGCAAGCGAGGGGAAAGAAAAUGAACUGUCACUGCUGGGGUGGGGUGGGGCCAUGAGUACAGCUGGGAUAUGGGGCAGGUGGAUGGGUGUGGGGCAAGUUAGCACAGCUGGAGUAUGGGGCAGGUCAGAACAGCUGGAUGAGUGUGGGGCAGGUGCUGGGGCAGGUGAGCACAGCUGGAGCGAAUGGGGGGGCAGGUCAGCACCCCUGGGGUGGAGGUCGGUGCAAAGUCUCCCAAGGCGGGGUUGCCAGGCCCCGGGCGGUCCUUCAGCCAUCCUGGCAGCGCAGGGACGCCCCGGGCGAGUGCAGCUGCGGGGGUCCCCGAUUUCCCAUGCCGCGUCUGCUGUUUUUAACCCCAAUAAACGGUGCCGCCAGC